UCCUAUAUGACCUAUUUGUGUUUCAAGUGUCAUAAAACUCUUACUAAAUCCAUCUACCCUCUCUCCUACCCUCUGGUCUCCCCAGGCCUACCCGGCGACGAGGGUCCACCCCGGCGGAAGCCACACGCCAGACAGGUCAAGGCCAACGCCCGGCUAGGUCAGGUGGUUGAUGACCUCCUGGUCCCCGAGCACAAGGCGGCCCGCAGGCUCAUCAGACGAUCGCAGCGUCACAAGCCAGACGACAAGAUGGCCGCGAUCACCAACAACAUGACGCUGUACGAGAGGAUCAUAGCCUACAGGAAGCUCAAACAGAGGGAGACUGGUGGGGAGAGCAAGCAGGAAGACGGCCUGGAGCGAAGUGAGACAGGCUGGGGCAGCGUGGACAUCUCCCAGUACACCUACAAGAAGGAGGACGAGGAGGCACGCACGCCCACCCCUCCCCCGACCCUCACGUCUCACGAGGACAGACGUGUCGACCGGAACAGGAAGCAGAAGAGCCAGGACUAUGACGAAAAGCUCACCGCUCGAGACGUGUACGUGGAUGUGGAUGAAAACCUCAACAAGAAGGAGCCCCUCCCACCAGUGCGCAGUGCCACGCCCGUGAGGAAGCGAACCCCGAGCCCCCUCGGUGAGAGGUCAGCUAGCGCACAGGAGCUCAACAGACACUCCGUCCUCCCGCCCAUACAGGGAGGGAGAGAGGAGAGGAGGGAGGAGGAAAUCAGGAGAGAGAGGGUGAAUGAGGUGAGGAGUGAGAGAUACUCUGUUGACGACAGGAGGGAGGGGGAGGCUGUGGUGGCCACGUCUGCUGUUGUCGCUGCUGCCUCGAUGAGGAAGGAAGACAGGAGGUAUGAAGAGGAUGACAGAGACAGGGAUGAAAGAAGAGAUGAGAGGAGAUAUGAUGAAAGGACGGAGGACAUAAGAGAGACGUCGAGAAAGGAAGACCGAAGGUAUGAUGAGGAGGACAGAAACAGGAAUGUAAGAAGGGAGGAGAAGAGGUAUGAAGAGGAAGAAAACAGGAGGGAAAGAAUAAGACGGGAUGAGAAAGAAGAUUUGAGAAGUAGGUCCAGAGAAGAAGAAAAGGAGAGGCGAUACGAAAAGAGGGAAGAGGAGGAGAGAUAUGAGAGAAAGGAAAGAGAUUCCCGCAGGGAAGAAUACAGAGAGAGUAGAAACCGCGAGAGAGAGGAGAGGGGAGGGAGAGAUCGAGACAGGUACGACACUUUGGAAACAGCGGCAGUGGUAGCUGCUUCUUCUUCAACUCGUAGACAAUCUCCCGCUGCAAGAGAGGAAAACACACCACAACAGCGCAUGCGCCGUGACAACACGCCCCCUAGAUCACAGCCUCGUUCUGAGCCUGUGACGUCACAGCGCGCCAUGCCGCGAGUGGAGGGGGCGGUGGCGGCGGCAGCUUCCGGAAACCAGCCCAGGAGGUCGCCGGGGCCGCGGAAUGAAAGAAGAGGGGAGGAGCAGAGGAAAUCCAGGGCGAGGAGACCGUCCGUGGAAGAGGAGAUAGACAGGCUGGACAAGAUGGUGGACAGGGAGCUGAACAGCAUCAUUGACAAGCACGCCAGCAAACCAAGCAACAACAACGACAACAAAAGCGGAGAGUCACAGCUGAAGGAGAAAAUCUUUCACCCGAGUUUCCAAGCAGACAUGGACAGGUUCCUUAGAGAUAUUUAA